UAGUACCCGUGGCCUUCCGAAUGCAAGGCCUAGCAACACACACACACAUGAGGGAAGCGAGGUCAACAGGGUACCAGUUUAGAUGUCGUGAUUGCCGACACUGCAUGUCUGUGAUCUGAGAUGCGGUAUCGUGGAUAUAACACAUACAGUCAAAGGUUCCGUUAAAUGAUUUACCUACGAUACUGCUGCAUUUUUCUAUUUCUAUGGAGUAUUAGAACUUUGAGUCAGACAAUAAAGAAGGUUAAUGUGAGCUUGGUGGACAGUUGCCCUACAGACCUGGCAUCAUGGGAGAAGGCGUCACGUGACUUGAAUUGCACUCCUGCGGACAGAUACCAGUGUACCUCAAAUCAAAACCUUACCGCCCUGGUUGAGUACUGUUAUGAUCAGCCACCUACUUUUGUCUUGAGAGGACACUGUUGGAUUUUACUGGAUUCGAAUUAUGUGAACACCUACAACUGUUCGGGGUUUACAGACGGAUGUCCGAAUUCCACAUACAGAAGCGAUGAGCUGUACAAAUACCAGAAAUGUCUGCAGUUGAAUAAAUCGAAAGGAUGCUUCAGAGAUGAUAAGGCAUGCUUAAAGCAAAGAGAGGUGACGACGGUUUCGUCAACAACUACAGAUGACAGUGACCUCGAAAUAAUAAUUUCUCCAGUGGUCAUUGGAACAAUCGCCGUUGUACUUGCCCUUGUCAUUGCCCUUGCCCUCGCUGUGGUUUUAAUUCUCUGGAAGAGAGGUUACAGGUGCCAUUCCACACCUAUUCAAGAUGAAGAAAUUUCACUAUUAGAUAUUCAUCGUCAGAAGGUAAACUUCGAUGGAAGAAAUUUGCAUUUGUCAUGCACAUGUGAUAGGAAUCAACCAUAUACAACGACAUGGUCUAAGGAUGGAAGAGAAAUUUCAGUUAAUGAUCCAGAAGGAAAAGUUAGAAUUACAGAAGAUCGAUUGUCUCUCGUCAUAGCUGGAGCAGAUCAUCUUGAUGUUGGGAGAUACACCUGCAAUAUUACAUAUGGGAACCAUCGAUCAUCAAAAGAAAUUGAGUUUAAUUUUGUGUGUCCCGACCUAAGUAUACACAGAAUUGUACCAAGAGGGGAAGACAUUGACAUCGAGUAUUCUGUAUCGGUAUCGGAGGAGUGCCAGGCCUUUACCACCUUGACAUGGACAAAGAAUAGCUCCGAGUUAGAUUUGUCUGGUGCAGCCGUGAAAUAUAUUUGGGGAACAUUGACUGAUUCUUGUCUAAGAAUUUCAAAUGUCAACGCCAACGAUCAUGGGGAUUAUGAAUGCAAAAUUCAAAAUAUCUUUGGCGUAAACACAGUGUCCUUAAAAUUAGAGUGUCCCAACCUAAGUAUACAAAGAAUUUUACCAAGAGGGGAAGACAUCGACAUUGAGUAUUCAGUAUCAGUAUCGGAGGAGUGCAGGGCCUUUACUACCUUGAGCUGGACAAAGGAUAGCUCCGAGUUAGAUUUGUCUGGUGCAGCCGUGAAAUAUAUUGGGGGAACAUUGACUGAUUCUUGUUUAAGAAUUUCAAAUGUCAAUGCCCACGACCAUGGGGAAUAUGGAUGCAAAAUUCAAAAUCUCUUGGGCGAAAACACAGCGUCCUUAAAAUUGGAUGAAAUACGAUGCACUUCAAAGGAUUCUCAAAGCAUCUUGCUAUCAUUUCUGCUCCUGGAUGGAUUCUGUCUUCGCAAAGGUGGAGAAGAUCAGCAGUGGGAAGAAAAGCUCAAAUUAUCAUCAAACCUUUGCUUUGGAGAUACUAAUGAGAAUCUUAGAGAAAGUGCACUUGCUAUUUUAGAAAGUUUGGAUCUAAAUCAUUUCAUUGGAAGUGAGAACAAUGGAUUUAAAUUGCAUUCCCCUGAAUAUAUUUUUCAGUCUUUCAUGACAAGGGACCAUUUUGUAGAUUUCUUUCUAGAACACGCUCACCCUUUUGGCGUUGAAAGAUUUUGUCGUUCACCUGGUUACAGAAAGAGACAAGAUGAAAUAUGCUGUGUACUGAAUUCCGAACAAUUCAAGGUUCUUGUAAAACGACUAAGAUUCAACAUUCUCUCUAACACCACAAUUGACGACCAGACCUGUCAUCAAAUAAUAGAGGAUGAAUUGAGCAUUCCAAAGGGUAUUCUCAGUUUAGGAAGAGAGGGAGUUUCAAAAUAUCUUGAUGAUCUGAAAGGUGGUGAACAUGUGGUCUACUGUGCUAGAGGAAUGUUAGUUGGAUGUCAGGGAGCAGGAAAAACCAGUCUUUUGCUCAGACUAAAAGGAGAAAGUGCACCAGAUCCUGCAUCGACCAGAGGAAUAGAUGUCCAUAUGAAUGUGUUCGCUAUAGAUCAAGGGAGACUAGAAGGCACAUCAGACCAAAAUAUACCAAGUCUCCUUUCCAACUUUAGAAGUGAGGAGAAGCCUUAUAUUCAAAUUGCAGAAGACGUCGAAAGCCAGAGUUUUGCGAGAGAAGAAAAUGAUGGACACAGACACAUUAAUACUGAUUUGUUAGACUUAGACACUAUUCAGUUAGAGAACUCACAGACCGAGACCAUUAGUUAUGAUGGCAAGAUGAAUGAAAAUCAUAAACAAGAUAUGAAAUCUCCAACCAGUACAUAUGUGGUCCAAGAAGAAGAAAAUAAUGAUGAUGAUGAUAGUGUAGAAGUUAUUGACUUUGGUCGUCUUCAGUUUGAUGAAACUGACGUUUCUGAAUAUGACAUCACAGUUCAAACUCUCUCAGAGUCGUACAAAGACAAGAAUAGAAAAGUAGUAUCAUUCUUUGAUUUUGCCGGACAAUUUGCGUACUAUGCCUGCCAUCACAUAUACUUUUCUCCAAACAAUUUCUACAUUUUAGUGAUAGAUAUCACAAAGAAGUUAAAUGAUGUUGUGUACAACGAUAGUGAACCUUCGGAUCCAAAGAAUAGAAUAAAGGGAUCAGUGUAUAGCAAGUGGACCUACCUAGAGUUUAUAGAGUACUGGCUGCAGUCAAUUUUAUCGCAUACUGUUGGAAUCGCAUCUGGAGUUAAGGCAGAAGAUGAUACAUCUAUGAGAAAAUCACCUCUCAUUCUUGUAGCCACACAUGGAGAAGGAAAAAGCAAAACGGAUGUAAAAGAAUAUUUUUGUGACCUUCGAGACAAAUUACCAAAGUUCAGCGCCCACGUUGAUUAUGGAAAUGCAUUCUGUACAAGUUUUGGUGGAAAUCUUCGAGAAAUUGAGGAAUGCAUAAGAAAAGUUGUUCAGACACUUCCAAAUUGGGGGAAAAAUAUUCCAAUGUGCUGGUUCCACAUUGAAAAUGAAAUAAGGAAAAUAAAGAGAAGAAAAAUAAUCUUGAUUCGAGAAUUUUUGGAAAUUUGCGUUGCAAGAAAUGUUGGGAUUGAAAGCUAUGACGAUAUCGUAAGGCCAUUACAAUAUCUUCAUAACAUAGGAGUUGUACUUUUUUUUCAUGAGGAAAAUCUCAGACACUUUGUUAUUCUAGAUGUCCAGUGGUUUGUUGAUGCUUUCAAACAUGUCAUCACCGAUGAUGAUCACGCCAGUUUAGAUAUCCCUCACAAAUUAUACGUGGACUGGAAAUCGUUUAACGAAACAGGUCUGCUGACUCGUUCUCUGUUGUUAGCAAUUUGGAAACGCCGUAAGGACGGCAAAAUGUACAUUUCAAGAAAAGAGGAAAUAAUUUCCUACAUGAUAAGGUUAAACCUGAUGACUGAGGUAUCACUAGAACCGGCAAAUAACUCGAAACAGUCAAAUACAUGGCAUUGCCCAUGCAUGAAUAAGCAAACAUUCCCCACAGAGGAAUUUGAAAACUUACAGAAUUCGUCUAUUCUGUGUUUCCAGUUUCAUUAUCUCCCAAAAGACUUCUUUCAUCGGCUUAUUGCUGCUUGUAGUAAUCAGUUAAGAUGGGAAAUUGUCAAAAUGGAAUAUCUGUGCAUCUAUCAAUCGGCUACUCUCUUCUAUGUCAAUGGAACCAAAGUUUUGAUUGGUAUGUACAGUAACAACAAGAUUGUGAUUCAACUCCUUGAUCUUGCUGAAUCAGCUACAGUUGAUUAUCUGAUGGUUCGGGAACAUGUGACACACGUAAUCGAUCACUUGGCAGGGAAAUUGGUAAACUGCAAGUACGACAUUGGCUACAUGUGCAAGAAAACUGUUUUUGGAAAGAUGAAUGAGCCUCUUUCACACUUCAUAGCAGAGUCAGAUAUGGAUAGAGACUGCAUACAUUGCCCAAAAUGUGGAUUCAAAAGAAGAGUAGUCGUGAAAGAAAUUGUGUGGAAUGAAUCAUUCAACACAAGUAUACAGGGAAGACGGAAAGGAGAAACACAGAAUGCCCGAAUGGCACACCAUAUUUUUCAAUCCUGCCUUCAUUCGGCCAUUUUCACACGCCGCGCCGUUAGCCUGUUUGUGCUGUUCGUGGAAGUUGCAGAGGAUGUACUCAUCUCAUUUCAACGUAAGUUUUAGAAAUAUGAAUAUACUUCACCUCUACUCGUUAAACUGUAUAACCAAAUAGGUGUACCAAUUGCUCUUAAAAAUAAUAAACAAGUCGCAUGGAACGAAUAGUAUGGUGCGCCUGUGGUGUGUUGACAAACACAUAAUAUUCACGCAUUGGGCUGUUGGAAAUCCCACAACAAAGCUGUUAACUGUUGUCAACAUAUAUUUAUUGUUUAUCUAUUAUAAUUAUAUAUUGUUAAGAUUUAAAAUUGUAUGUAUAUCAGCUGAUCAGAAAAAUCAGCUGUUUCACGAUCAUGCCAUUUUCAAUUCCAAGUGCAUGACCUUCUCGGGUCUAUUUGAAUUUUCUUACAUGAUGUUUGACUCACUUCACACUUUGAACUUUCCAUGUAUCAUUGUAUGGUCUAAAAAGUAUUUGUAUAGGUUAAAGAGACAUAUAAUUGUAUAUAGAUGUAUAUUUCCAUAAUGGUAUAUGUCUCUGGGGUAACAUGUAGGCCUGUGGGGGGUUAAAGGUUGAAUAAUUUUCGAAUGAGUAUUCUACUAUGUUUAAACUUAACUUAGUGAUUAUUUAGUAAUCAAAUAAAAGUUAUAUGAUGAAUCGAUACAUUUCUUCAAUUUACUGUAAACAAAAACUGUUUCUGUGGUUUGGAAUCUGUCUGGUAUUAGUGCAUAAUAAAUAACUUCAUAUUAGUCAAUAAAUAUAUUCUUGUUGUAGUGAUGACAUUUGCCAAAUCUGUGAGAAUAGAAAAAAUUGUGUUAGGGUCAACAGAAAUUUUUAAUUAGGGUAGUCGGGAAAGUGGAAACCAAUUAACAUAUAUAUAUUUUUUGGCCUUACGCAGAAACAUGGAUUAGAAAAGUCGGAAUGAUUUUUACAUUCAAUAACUUUUAAAUACUUAAAAGCACCAUUAAGCCAGGAAAAUCAUAAGAACAGUUUGGUUUUAUAAUUUAAAUAUGCCUUAUUUCAAGAUAAAUUGUAAACAUGUCAAACUUAAUUUCAACAAUUACACUUACAACUUACAUGCCUGCAUUGGGAUUAGAUAUAGAAUCACUCAGAGAAUGUUGAAUUUCAUGGGUACUACCAUGAUUUAAGCAUAUAUUUUUUUGUUAGCUUAUCUCCUUUAUAUUAUUGAAUAUUAAAUUUUUCCAUACAUCUACCACAAGAAAGAGCAUGAAAGAUAAAAAUAUUUUGUGAAUUUGCUGAUAAUUGUGAAGUAAGAUACAUGUAAUAUAUCAACAUUAGCUACAACAAAAAUUAUUAGAUGGGGAAUCAAAUUCAAAUGAAAUGUUUGUGUAUAUAAUUAUUUAUGCAGAAAUGUACAUGUAACUAAACUGUCCUCUAUUGUUUAGUUGGAGACAUGUCAAUCUCCCACCGAAUACAAAAAUGUAAUUUUUCUGAAUUCUGUAUCAAUGAAAAUACAUGAGGGCAUGAAAGUACAACUUUUAUAUGAAUAUUAUAAUACAGGGGUUCGUGUUUGCCCAACUAUCUAUUUUGUAUUGCUUGUAGGAGUUAUGAGAUUGAUCACUGUUUGUUAUCUUCACCUUUCAUUUAUGAUAUAGUUUUGAUAAUGAUAUAAUACUGGAGUAAUUUGAAUUUCAGGAUGAUAUAAUAUGUACAGCAAAAAUUGAUGGCAAGGGUGACAUGAAUCAGAUUGACAAGAAUCCAUAUUCCUACUCAUCAAUGAUAGUGGCAUCAGUGACACAUGCGGAUAAGUGUUGGACAUCACUGAAGGAAUAGCUUCCUUGUUGUGCCUGCCAAUAGCAAGGUACCAGAUUAUACAGCAGUUAUGUGGAAACAGAUUCCCACAAUAGGGGGACCAGAUUGACACCUACAUUGUACAGAAUCAGGCAGUUAUAUCAGAACUGGAAAAACUGGAUCCAAACAAGACUAUAUUGCUUGGAAGAAACAUGUCGACUCUAAAGUUUAACCCUUAUUAACCCAUGGCACUUCUAUGUCAUUUGAAAUAUACCUGUGGAGGUUUUUAAAGUGUUUUUUUUUUUGGGGGGGGGUUGGGUUAUUAUUUGGAAGAAUUCAUAUUUGAUGAUUCAAAUGAAAAUCUGCAGGUUGAAUUAUGAAUGUCAUAAUGUACUUUUUGAAUGAUGAAAAGUGUAGAGUCAAAAGUUAUCAAAUUGUCAAAAACACUGGUCAGGUCUGAAUUCAUCAUCUUGGACACCUUGCAGUUGGAAUUAUGAUCUCUAUGAAGAAAUGCUGAAAAUCUUGCAAAAGAGGAAAUGACAAGUUGGGUCCAAGGCACUUGCAUAUAUGCAUGAGAAGGUGUUCUAUCCAGGCUUGAGGUCAAUUACAUAGCAAUGUAACGCCUUACAUUACCUAGAAAAUUUCACAUUACCAUUACUCCUAUUUUGAAAUAUAAUGUAUUACAUUACUUGAGAGUGAAUUUACAUUACACAUUUACAUAACAUACUGUCAGAUAUUAAAGAAAUGGCAGAAAAAUUAUUUCUGUAUUAUGAUUUUUAAUUAUACAUUAACAUAAGAACACAAAAUAUUCAGCAAUGUUAGGAAACAUAUCUAUUAAGUUAUUCAUUGCAUUUGAUUGUCAUCAAUGUUUCAAAUGCUUCAGUCAAUCACUAAUAAAAUGAAUUAUUCUAAAUCUUCGAAAUAUCAUCAAAUAUUUGAAGUAGUGUAAAUGUAAUGAAAAAUAAUGUACAGUACAGUAUGCAUUACAUUACCAUUACUUGUAAUGCAAAAAUGGUCCAUUACACCCCCAUUACAUUGAAACUGGUUGUCAUUUAAUUACCAUUACCCCAGGCCUGGUUCUGUCGAGAGGUAUUGAAAUUCUCUGUAGAGACUUUGUCUCAGGAAGUGGCCGAGAUUGAUUGUGACAAUUUUGUUGGAUGUGAAUUUACUGACACACAUGUCUACACUUGCUACACAAUAUAGCAUGUGGUGGUUUCAACAAGAAAGUUCUUACUCUGCAGGAAAUGACGAAUAGCUAAUGGAUUCACAUUUUUUCUGACUUUUCUUCUGUACAUUAGAUGCAUUGGAAAAACUUUCCUUUCCAUUAUCUUUUGCUGGAUCAUUCUUUGAAAUAAAAUCAAGUCCGAAAAUAAA